UUUUGUUUGGAACUAGUCGUGCUUACUCGUAGAGUUUCUCUAAAGGAUCGGAAUAAAUAUUGUAAAACAGCUGAAGACAAUGGGUGAACUCGAGGAGAAGGAAACUCCACCCACGGAGACAACAACUAACGCAUCAUCGGGACAUCAGCAGGAAACUUUGGAUGAGCCCAAGGAGACAGACAAGAUGCUGGAUAAGAAGGAUGAGACGACGAGCCAGGAAAAGACAGCAACUCCACACAAUUCGAAGCCCAGUACACCGGAUGCUAAGAAAAAAUUGGAAAAUGAUGAAAAGAAAAGUAAUGGCGGUGAGGAAAUCAUUGAUAUACCCAAUGAGAAUGGCACCAAACCAUCGGAAAAUGAGGAUAAAAAGAUAAGCAAAGAGGAGCGUGAAGUGAAGCCCAAAAAGAUACCGAUUGGUGGUCUAAAAUUACCCGGAUUCUUUAUGAAAAACAAACCCAAAUCCGAAGGUGAUGGUGCCGAAGGUGAACUAUUGGAAAAGGAAAAGGACGAUGAUGAGAACAGCAAAGAGGCCAAAGUGGAGAAUGGUGAGGCCAAGGGCAAAGAUGAUCAACAGCAGCAGCAGCAGCAAAAAUCGCGUCCCGGUCUCGGCGAGAGAUUGCGCAAUCUGUUUGUAAGGAAACCAGCAACGGAUAAGGAGAAGAAGCAGCAGCUAAUUAAUGGCAAAGAAACCGCUGAUAAUGAUAAUAAAUCGGAAGCCACAGCUGAAGCCAAUGGUCAGGAGGAGUCUUCAGUUGAUCCACCACCGAAACGUGGCCUAUUGAAUGCCAUUAAAUUGCCCAUUGCCAAUAUGAUACCAAAAAAGAAAUCACCCGAUGAUGUGGAAUUGGGUCUUGGCGGUGGCAAUAAGGCGGGACUAGCUUCGAUGGAGACACUGGAUGAUUCUCUUAAAGAUCAGGAUACUGUUGAUCGUGCACCAGUGAAAAGCAAUGGCACUGACGAUUUGAAAUCAAUUGAACUGAAAGAUGACAAACUGCCGGCAAAUGAAAAGUUGGCAGCCGAAGAAGAGGAACAAGAGCGACCAGCAUCCCUAUGGACACGUCUGCGUGGCUACAAAUGCAGCGUGGAUGAUGCCUUAAUUGUCUUUGGCAUUCUAUUGUUUGUCCUGCUGAUGGCAGUCAUCGGUUAUGUCCUGACCCAUGAGACAUUGACAUCUCCGCCUCUGAGAGAGGGCAAAUUCAUUUUGGCCGUCACCGGAUGCGGACCCGUGGAGGGUGUCAAGGAGGAUGGGGCAUUUGCUUUCCGUGGCAUUCCGUAUGCCAAGGCACCCAUCGAGGAAAGGAGAUGGCGACCAGCUCAGCUCAUUGAUAGCAUCGAUGGCUGUUGGAACGACACACUACAGACCCACAAUAGCAGCGUUGUGUGUACUCAAAGAUUGGGCAAUGGCACCACUGUCGGAGAUGAGGAUUGCCUGUAUCUGGAUGUGGUUACGCCCCAUGUACGCUAUACGAAUCCAUUGCCAGUUGUUGUUUUGAUUGGUGCUGAAUCUUUGGCUGGUCCCUCGCCAGGCAUAUUGCGUCCAUCGGCUCGCUAUUCCCGUUCCCAUGAUGUCAUCUUUGUGCGUCCCAAUUUUCGUUUGGGCAUCUUUGGUUUUCUGGCCCUGGACGCCUUGACAAAGGAAUCGCAUCCAAGAACUUCCGGCAAUUAUGCCCUCACCGAUAUCAUAGCCGUUCUCAAGUGGGUCCAAUUGAAUAUUGUGAACUUUGGUGGUGAUCCCAAAUCGGUAACUCUCUUGGGUCAUCGAGCGGGAGCCACUUUGGUCACAGCCCUGGUUAGUUCACCCAAACUGCAGGGACUAUACACUCGGGCCUGGGCCUCAUCUGCGUCGGCCAUAUUUCCUGGUAAACCACUAUCCGAAUCAGAGAAGGUGAAUCAACAGUUAAUGGCCACUUUGGACUGCCAGGAUGUGGAAUGUUUGCGUGAGGCGUCCACUGAGAAAUUGUGGGCCGCCACUCCUGAUACCUGGUUGCAUUUCCCCAUGGACUUACCGCAGCGUCAAGAGCUGAGCAGUUCAGGCCAACGUCACGAAUGGUUGGUCCUAGAUGGCGAUAUUCUUUACCAACAUCCAUCGGAAUCCUGGAAGCUGGAGCAGGCCACAGACAAACCGUUGCUCGUUAUGGGAGCCACAGCCCAUGAGGCGCAUUCGCUGAAGCUGCGUGAACUGCAUGCCAAUUGGACCAAGGCCGAAAUUCAGGAUUACCUGAAUAAAUCUCAACUGGGUGCAAAAUCAUUAACCGAUGAGGUGAUGCAACUGUAUAAUGCCACCAAUUAUGCCUCCCUUUUGGCCAUUAUCACCGAUAUCCGAACUGUUUGCCCACUGCUGGCCAAUGCCAGACUCCAGCCCAGUGUACCCUUCUAUGUGGUCACUCAGGGCGAGGGCGAUGAUCAAUUGGCCAAUGUGGAUGCCGAUGUCCAGGCAAUAUUGGGACGCUAUGAGCCGCAUACAGUGGAGCAGCGACGCUUUGUCUCGGCCAUGCAGCAGCUAUUCUACUAUUAUGUAUCCCAUGGCACGGUUCAGUCGUAUGACUCAAGACGCCGGGUCAUCAAUGUGGGACAAGAUGCCCAGCCGCAAGAGGAUCAUAAAAAUUGCAAUUAUUGGAUAAGCAAGGAUAUUGUGCCGCGUUAUGCGCGCAUCGAUUAGGAAGAGACCAAAAUAUAUACCAUCCUCGAUUCCCUUUCCCCCCUUUACCCCUCUCCAUAUCCUCACUCUAUCUUUUAUGCUAUAUCAUAAUCUUUCUCCUUGAAUCUGUAACUUUCAUUUUCGUUUCGAGUUUAGUUUAGCCUAAGUGAAUCUAGUGUUU